GGCUCCGCCGAGGAGGUGCGGGUUCCCUCUUUUCUGGAGAGCAAACUUUCCACAGGGGUGCCGCCGAGGGUGAGCUGUGGCCCCCCAAGAGGAUCGGGCAGCCUCUGAUCGCCGCCUGUGCGCCCCUCUCUGCCGGGGCCAGGAGGCCCCAGGAGAAGGACAGCCCGACAUCUUGGGGCCAGGACCCCCGGCGGCUCAGCUCAGUGGCCGAGGCCUGAGAGUUUGCAAACUCAGCUCUGGAGUGCGGCAGCCACAGCAGCAGGAAAAACCUGCCCCGGCCCCUCCGCCGCCUCCCCUCCCCUCUUCUCCCUUCCGCGAGCAGGCACCCCCAGUUCCCGCAAGGCCCUCCGACCAUGUCGGACCCCGAGGUCCCCAGGGGCCCGGACGCCCCCACCACGUGGCCCCGCUGCUCCAGGGGUGCCUGAGCCCCUCACGGAGCCCCAGCCCGCCCGACCUUGGCCAGUGCUGAGCCCCAGGGACAUGAGCGGGGGCAAGAAGAAGAGUAGUUUCCAGAUCACCAGCGUCACCACGGACUACGAGGGCCCGGGGAGCCCGGGGGGGCCCGACUCGCCGGCCCCCGCGGGGCCCCAGGUGGAGUCCAGGGGCCCGGCGGCGGGGACCCCUCCACUGUCCCGGCGGAGGGAUGGAGACCCGCGACUGAGGAUGGAGCUGGCGGCUCCAGAGGAGCCAGGGCAGGUGCCUCCACUCGACGCCCGCCCCACCUCCCCGGGCCUCUACUUCUUCCCCGAUGCCAGUCUGGUUCACAAGUCUCCAGAUUUUGGGGCGGCGGCAGCCCAGAGCCUCAGCCUGGCUCGCACCAUGCUGGCCAUCAGCGGUCACCUGGACAGCGAUGAUGACAGUGGCUCCGGAAGCCUGGUUGGCAUUGACAACAAGAUCGAGCAAGCCAUGGACUUGGUGAAGUCCCACCUCAUGUUUGCGGUCCGGGAGGAGGUGGAGGUGCUGAAGGAGCAGAUCCGGGACCUGGCUGAGCGGAAUGCCGCGCUGGAGCAGGAGAACGGACUGCUGCGUGCCCUGGCCAGCCCGGAGCAGCUGGCCCAGCUGUCCUCCUCGGGGGUCCCGCGGCUCGGGCCCCCCGCGCCCAACGGGCCCUCCUGAGCCUCCCUCCCCUCACAAUGUGCCUUUGGGGCCGCCAGGCCUCGUGCCAGCUGCCUGCCCCUCUUCCUAUGCAGCUUUAAUGCCCCUGGCCCCCAGGAUGGGAGUUCGAGGCUCGCCGUCACCCGGCCCCCACCCUGCUCCGUUCUCCCCAUCGUCCGGGCCUGGUGGAGGAGGGAGGGCUUCAGGAUGGGGCUUCCCCAGCCUCCUCCGUGAGGGAUCCGGCCCCUCCUCCCCCGUAGGACUUCCAGCGGUCGAUGGCCUGGGGGAACCGGAAACUCCGGCAGACACCCCACCCCCCCUUUUCCCCUCGACGUGCCCCCUCUCCUGUGCCCCCCGCCAUCCCGGGGAAGGGAGUAUGGACAAUAUCUGGAAGUUCUGGGAUUCAGGUUGUGAUGAAAAUAAUAAUUAAAAAUACGGAAGAAGCAGGAA